AUGUCUCAAUUAUAUUUUGUUAAAUGCUGUACUACUCCAUGCUCUCUUGCCCGCACGACUCAGAACAAAGCCUGCCCCUCAGGCUCGCUCAGCAUUUCUCUCACCCUCUCCCUCUAUCGGGCUAGCCCGUGCGUUUUAUCGCAUGCUCUCCGUGACCUCGAAGUCUCACUUGUGCUCUUGUCAUCUCCUCCUCCAAACCAGUUCUUCCGUCUUCCAUCGCUCUGGCAACCCCACUUUCUCUGUCCCUCUCUCUCUCUCUCUCUUUUACUCUUUCUAACUUUCUCUGUGUCGGCAGGCCUGCAUGGCUAG